CCCGACCCCCCUCCCUCUGCCCACCGCCGGCAAGAACCAGCCUCCGGAGUCCUCCCGCCCUCGGGCCCCGGCGCAGGUGCAGGUGCGGCACUCCACCUCCUCCCACCGGGGCGCAUCCCGCUGGGCGGCCAUGGCGCGAGGAGAUGUACCGCAGGACAGCUACCACCUGGUCGGGAUCAGCUUCUUCAUCCUGGGCCUGGGCACUCUCCUUCCCUGGAACUUCUUCAUCACUGCCAUCCCGUACUUCCAGGGGCGGCUAGCAGGGGCCAACAGCACCACUGGGACCCUGGGCGCCAACCACACGGGCCCCGCAGACGCCUUCAACUUCAACAACUGGGUGACUCUGCUGUCCCAGCUGCCGCUGCUGCUCUUCACACUCCUCAACUCCUUCCUGUAUCAGUGCAUCCCUGAGACAGUUCGGAUUCUGGGCAGCCUGCUGGUCAUCCUGUUGCUCUUUACCCUGACGGCGGCGUUGGUCAAGGUGGACAUGAGCCCUGGGCCCUUCUUCUCCAUCACCAUGGCCUCCGUCUGGUUCAUCAACUCCUUCUCUGCAGUUCUGCAGGGCAGCCUCUUCGGGCAGCUGGGCACCAUGCCUUCCACCUACAGCACCCUCUUCCUCAGUGGCCAGGGGCUGGCUGGGAUCUUCGCUGCCCUUGCCAUGCUCAUGUCCAUGGCCAGUGGCGUGGAUGCCCAGACCUCCGCCCUGGGGUACUUCAUCACACCCUGCGUGGGCGUCCUCAUGUCCAUCGUGUGUUACCUGAGCCUGCCCAACCUGGAGUUUGCCCGCUAUUACCUGGCCAAGAAACCACUGCAGGCUCGGGGGCAGGAGAUGGAGACCAAAGCUGAGCUCCUCCAGUCUGAUGAGAAGAAUGGAAUUCCCAACAGCCCCCAGAAGGCAGCACUGACUCUGGAUCUUGACUCUGAGAAGGAGCCAGAGCUGGAGCCGGAGGAGCCUCAGAAACCAGGAAAACCUUCAGUUUUUGUUGUCUUCCGAAAGAUCUGGCUGACGGCGAUGUGCCUUGUGUUGGUCUUCACAGUCACCCUGUCCGUCUUCCCUGCCAUCACAGCCAUGGUGACCAGCUCCACCAGUCCUGGGAAGUGGAGUCAGUUCUUCAACCCCAUCUGCUGCUUCCUUCUCUUCAACGUCAUGGACUGGCUGGGACGGAGCCUGACCUCCUACUUCCUGUGGCCGAACAAGGACAGCCGGCUGCUGCCCCUGCUGGUCUGCCUGCGCGUCCUGUUCGUGCCGCUCUUCAUGCUGUGCCACGUGCCCAAGAGGUCCCGGCUGCCCAUCCUCUUCCCACAGGACGCCUACUUCAUCACGUUCAUGCUGCUCUUUGCCGUUUCCAACGGUUACCUGAUGUCCCUUACCAUGUGCCUGGCACCCAGGCAGGUGCUGCCGCACGAGAAGGAGGUGGCCGGCACCCUCAUGACCUUCUUCCUGGCCCUGGGGCUCUCCUGUGGGGCCGCCCUCUCCUUCCUCUUCAAGGCGCUGCUCUGAAGUGCUCCGUCCACGGCUCUCGCAGCAGCUCUCUUCUCGCUGCCCCUUUGGAGCUGAGACCCGGCGCAGGGGGCAAGGCAAGCCGGGUUCAAGCCUCUGCUGGGCUGAGGCCCCUUGGUCUGGGGGUGCCAGGAGGAGGCGGGCACUGCUCUCCCUCCCAGGCUGGCAGCCACUUGGGGUGCUACAAGGAAGAAUUCACCACUGGUCAUUCCAACC